AUGGCGGAGUUGCGGGCAGACGAGGCGCGCUGCGGCUUCGAGAGCUUGAUUCCCGAUGUGGUCGCCGCCGCCGGCUUUGCGGUGCCGUGCUAUACGGCGUCGGCAUCGGGCGACAAGACGGUCCGGCUCUGGGGCGUCGACGACGGCGAGUGCAAGCGCGUGCUCCAGGGGCACUCUGGAGAGGUAAACUCCGUGGCGUUCGCGCCGACGCGACCGGGCGAGGCGGCGCUGCUGGCGUCGGCAUCGGACGACAAGACGGUCCGGCUCUGGGGCGUCGAGGACGGCGAGCGCACGCGCGUGCUCGAGGGGCACUCGGAUUUUGUGAUCUCCGUGGCGUUCGCGCCGGCGCGGCCGGGCGAGGCGGCGCUGCUGGCGUCGGGAUCGAAGGACAACACGGUCCGGCUCUGGGGCGUCGACGACGGCGAGUGCAAGCGCGUGCUCAAGGGGCACUCGAAUACGGUAUACUCCGUGGCGUUCGCGCCGGCGCGGCCGGGCGAGGCGGCGCUGCUGGCGUCGGCGUCGAGCGACAACACGGUCCGGCUCUGGGGCGUCGACGACGGCGAGUGCAAGCGCGUGCUCAAGGGGCACUCGGAUACGGUAUACUCCGUGGCGUUCGCGCCGGCGCGGCCGGGCGAAGCGGCGCUGCUGGCGUCGGGAUCGAAGGACAGGACGAUCCGGCUCUGGGGCGUCGACGACGGCGAGUGCAAGCGCGUGCUCGAGGGUCACUCUGAUGAGAUAAACUCCGUGGCGUUCGCGCCGGCGCGGCCGGGCGAAGCGGCGCUGCUGGCGUCGGGAUCGGACGACAAGAUGGUCCGGCUCUGGGGCGUCGACGACGGCGAGUGCAAGCGCGUGCUCGAGGGGCACUCGAAUGACGUAUGGUCCGUCAAUAUCGGCUACGUCCUGCCAGAUCAAGACUGA